AUGGUCCCACAACAAACAGCACAAGCCGCAUUCGUUUAUGCCAAUGGGAGACCCUACACCGAGAAGCCGAGUUCCACAGAGCCGCGCUUGUGCCCCGAUGGAAGUACAUCCCCGAAUAUCAUCGAGUGGCUGGACAGACUCGACGACCCCGUAACCGAGUCCCUGCCAACAACCACACCACCGCCAUCACCACCACCAUCGCUAGCAGCAGCAGUAGCGGCGUUAAAACUCCCGAACCCUCAUCGAAACCGCAAAGGCCUAUCCCUGAACACCAAUUCUGUUUCUCCCCCGGCUAUCCCCCCAAAGAGCCCGCUCAGGGCUUUGCAGAAGGGCAUGAACGCACUGAAUCUCACGGACGUCUCGAAGCCAGGGGGGAACUUGGGGAAGGUUUCGUCGUUGCCGAGGAGCAAGUACUUCGCGGCGAGGAAGGCAGCUGCUGAGGGCCGCGGCGCAACGAUGGCGUGGGGUGGACGGCCGGAGCACUUGAAAUAA